AUGGCGGCCGUUUCAGCACCCACCCCCAAGCUGGAUCGCUACAUUGUCAUCCACGUUGCAACCACCUGCGAUGAGCAUGGCGUCUAUGUUACCAAAGAUUCCGCCGAGGUGAUUGAGCUGGGCUGGAUUUUGUUGGACGCCAAAUCCUGCGAGGAGCUGCACCGUGAAAGUGUUCUCGUCAAGCCCGUCAACACUCCCAUCACGCCACUCUGCACGAGCUUGACCACCCUGACAUGGGAACAUGUUCGUUCGGCAGGUACUUUCCGUGAUGCUGUCUCUCGAUUCGAUGCCUUCGCCCAGGAACACCUCACCAGCAAACACUUGGAGUUUGCCUUUGUGACGUUGGACUCGUGGGAUCUGCGGGUGCAGUUGCCCCGCGAGGCCCGAGACAAGGCCGUGGUGCUGCCCGCAUACCUGCAGCACUCCCGCACCUUCGACCUGCGCACCGAAUAUCAACGCUGGCAGACCCACCACCCCGAGUCGCUGCCCUUCGGUCCCAGCUCUCUCUCCAACAUCUGUGCGGCCCUGGAGGUGGAACCCGUUCAAUCGUCCGCCCCCAUCAAGCACAACCUCCCCUUCCACCUGCAAGCCUUGGCCCCUGCCUCGCCCCGCCGUGCGAUGGAAGAGUCAAUUACCUUGGCCCGGGUGCUGCGGGGUUUGAUCCGCAAGUCGCAGCCGCCGCACGAGCACCCUGAGAUCCUGACUCGUCCGAUGGAUGCCCAUGCCGAUGUCCGCGCCUUCCUGGCUGAGCGGAGCAAGGUUCUUCACCUGAGCGGUCUGCCCCACGAUACCACGCAAUCGGAGUUGGAGAGCUGGUUUACCCAAUUUGGUGGUCGUCCGAUCGCCUUCUGGACCCUGCGGACACCGGACCAGCACAAGCCCACGGGGACCGGCUUUGCGGUCUUCUCGUCCCAUGAGGAGGCUGCCGAAAGCCUGUGCAUGAACGGCAGGGCGCUAAACGAAAAGGCAAUUGAAGUGUCGCCGUCCUCGAGCCGAGUCUUGGACCGGGCAGCAGAGAUUCUUACUCCAUUCCCGCCAUCCAAGAACCGACCUCGCCCUGGUGACUGGACCUGCCCGUCGUGCGGCUUCUCCAAUUUCCAGCGUCGUACGGCGUGCUUCCGUUGCUCGUUCCCCGCCAUGGCGGCUGCACCGGACCCAAUGAAUUACGGAGCCUACGGCUAUGGCCCGCCGUCGAUGAUGCCGCCUCACAUGGGUCACGGCGGUCACGGUAUGGGCCACUCCCGUGGCAUGGGUGGCAAUGGUGGAGUGGUUCCGUUCCGUGCUGGUGACUGGAAGUGUGGCUCCGAGGGAUGCGGUUACCACAACUUCGCCAAGAAUAUUAACUGCCUCCGAUGCGGUGCGCCUCGCUCAGGCGCUGCCGUCGUGGCGGACUCGGCGUUCCCCUCGCCCAUGGACCCUCCGUCGGGAUUCGGCAUGGGCCCCAAUUCUAUGGCUAGCACCCCCGCCCCGGGGCCCUUCGCAUCCACCGCCGGCGGAUUCGGUGGAUUCAGCCAGCAGUUUGGCGGCCCACCGAACAACUACGCCCUGCCGUCUGGUGGUUUGGGUAAUGCCCCGACUGCGUACCCCCCGAUGGGUCAGAUGAACUCGGGGUAUGGCUCGACCAGCACCUCGCACUCGGCCGCCUCCUUCGGGAACCCGGCCACGCAGGCCGCUUUCACUGGCGCGGACCAUGGUGUGCCGUCAACUAGCGCCUCGAAUGGAGCGUUCUAUGGCUCUGAUGGGUCCAGUGAUCCCUUUGCCUUUUUGUCAACAGGCCUUGGGGGCCUGACAGUGGCGGAUGACCCCCACUCUCGCCGUAACGGCGCCGGUGCCAACAAGUCUCCCGCGUAA